AUGCUCCCCACCCUGCGGUUGCCUGGAGCCCAGGUCCUGUUGGAACAGGAGUCCAGAACCAGGCAGCAGGUUGGCCAGCUGGUUGCACUGAUGCCAGCAGCUCUGGGAAUGGCCAGACCCUCAUCCCCACUGGCUGGAGCCGCGGACCAGCUCCAGAGAAGUGGGUGGACAGCCUUGAGAGGGAUGAGUUCUGGGCUUGCCUAUUGGACUCGCCUAGUUCCCACUCCUCCCCCAGUUCCCACUCCUCCCCCUCCAGUCUUCAUACCUUCCACACUCAGUAAAACCACCAGCCCUGAGCCCUCUCCUCCCUGGGAGUUUGGGUUGGGUUUAGAUGAUGACCUGUGA